UCAUACAGGAAGCGAAUAACCACAGAAGAACGUCUGCCUCUGACUCAGUAUGUCACAUUUAAUAAGAGGCCAGAGUGUGUCCAAAAUGGCUGUCCAAAAACGACCCCGCAUUUGCCUUAGAAGAUGAUGCCUUUUUCAGGGACCGUUUUCUCUCGGGGUUCAUCUCUCCCUUGCUCUCUGUCUGCCUGUGUCCCUGAUCAUGCCUUCCUACAGUAUCCAUUAACGGCUUAUCAGCAAGACUGUUGAAAGCUUAACCGUCCAAGAUGCCCGUCCCUCCCCCUCCAGCGCCCCCGCCGCCGCCCACGUUUGCUGUGGCCAAUACAGAAAAGCCUGCCUUGAAUAAGUCAGAGCAGGCUGGGAGAAAUGCUCUUCUCUCCGACAUCAACAAAGGGAAGAAACUAAAGAAGACCGUCACCAAUGACAGAAGUGCCCCGAUACUGGACAAACCUAAAGGAGCCGCAGCUGGUGGCGGCGGUGGCUUUGGUGGAGGCGGCGGAUUUGGCGGAGGAGGUGGCGGCGGAGGUGGCGGCGGCGGUGGCAGCGGUGGCGGAGGCUUUGGAGGGGGCGGACCACCCGGUUUGGGAGGGCUGUUCCAGGCUGGAAUGCCCAAGCUGAGAUCCACGGCCAACAGGGACAAUGAUUCCGGAGGAAGCCGACCCCCGAUUUUGCCACCAGGAGCCAGAGCCACGUCUGCCAAGCCCUUCUCGCCCCCCGGCGGCCCAGGGCGGUUCCCUGUGCCUUCUCCGGGCCACAGGAGCGGACCCCCGGAGCCGCAGAGGAACCGAAUGCCUCCGCCGAGGCCCGACGUGGGCGCCAAGCCCGAGAGCGGGGCCCCUCCGGUACCUAACACGCCCAGGCCCAUUCAAUCCAGUCUGCACAACCGCGGGGGCUCCAGGCAGCCCGGCCCCGGGCCGACGCCCCCGCCUUUCCCUGGAAACCGGGGCGCUGCGUUUGGAGGAGGCUCCGUCCGCCAGACCCCCUCGGCCUUCUCGAACCGGCCUCCCUUGCCCCCUACCCCGAGCAGGGCCUUGGAUGACAAGCCCCCGCCGCCGCCGCCGCCGAUGGGCAACAGGCCCUCCGCGCACCGGGAAGCGCUCCCAACGCCGCCCCCUCAGAACAGCAAGCCCCCGGUGCCCUCCACCCCGCGGCCGUCCUCCCUGUCGCAGGCGCCACCGCCGCCGCCACCCAGCAGGCCCGGCCCUGCCCACCCGCCUCCAGGUCCCAGCGGCAGCGACGAAAUCCCCCGGCUCCCGCAGCGGAAUCUGUCCCUCAGCUCGUCCGCACCGCCGCCCUUGCCUUCGCCGGGACGUUCGGGGCCUCUGCCUCCCCCGCCCAGUGAGAGGCCCCCGCCCCCAGUGAGGGACCCGCCGGGCAGAUCAGGCCCUCUCCCACCUCCUCCUCCAAUAAACAGAAAUGGCAGCACAUCUCGGGCCCUGCCUGCCACCCCACAGUUGCCAUCCAGAGGAGGAGUAGACAAUCCCAGGAGUGGGCCCCGGCCGCCCCCUCCUCCAGACAGGCCUGGUGCUGGGGUGCCUCCCCCACCUCCACCAUCAACAUCAAUUAGAAACGGCUUCCAAGACUCUUCAUGUGAAGAUGAGUGGGAAAGCAGAUUCAACUUCCAUCCCAUUUCUGACUUGCCACCUCCAGAGCCAUAUGUGCCAACAACCAAAAGUUAUCCCAGUAAAUUGGCAAGAAGUGAAAGCCGGAGUGGAUCCAACCGAAGAGAAAGGGGUGCCCCCCCACUUCCUCCCAUCCCAAGGUGAUCCCAGCCGGCCCUUCUCCGCCCGAGCCCAAGAGCUACUUCUGUUGUUGCUGUCAAGAGCUGCACACCCUCCUCCCCUUGUCUUCCUUGUCCUUUUCAUAUUGGGAGUAGGGAAGAAGGGAGGGUGAUGUGGGAAUAUGUGUGUGGGGGGGGUGGGAAUCCAAUGAAGAAAUGCACCUAGAUUUUUAUUUUGUGUAGAUCCUCAAAGCUAUUGCUUGCUUCAGCUACAGCCCACCAGUGCCGACUGCUUGGGUUCGACUAGCUUUUAUGGCAAGUAGGCAGAGAUGAACUGUGUCCCAGCUUCUUUCAACCAACCAAAUUCAAACAUUCACUGCAUGUUUGCCACAGAUAACGUUAAAGUCCCUGAGAGCUGCUUGCUUCCGUGCCAUUUUUGCGUGCUUGGCCUCCUGUCUGUUUCCAGGAACCACAGACCACCUACACAAGUUGCUGAGCAAGGGUGCACAUGACAUUUUUGCGGUUAUAGAUUAUAAUCUUUGGCAGCCUGAGGUAGGCUCUAGGACAGACUGUCCAAUAGCAAUAUAGUGUGAGCCACAUAUACAAUUUAAAUAUUUCCAGUAGCCACAAUAAAAAAGGAAAAGAAAUAGGUAAAAUUAAUUUUAAUAUAUUUUUAUCCAAAAUAUCAUUUUGACCUGCAAUUAAAGUAACAACCAUUAAUGAGAUAUUUUACUUUUUUUUUUUGUACUAAUGUUUCAAAAUCUGGUUUUGUGUUUUACACUUAAAGCACAUCGCUAUCUGGACUAGUCACAUUUCAAGGACUCAGUGACCACACAUGGCAGUGGCUACCAUGUUGGGCAGUGCAGGUCUAGAAGACAGAGGCUAGCACAAAUACCUCCUGUUUGGAAAAAAAAAAUGCACAAUGAUGUUUAGCAAUUCAAAAGGUAACUAAAAAUAAAGUUAGGACCCAACACCUUGCCUGGCAGACAGCAUGACCUUAGAUUGUGCUCCCUUAUUUUCCCUCUUCCCUUAAUAUCUGUGUACAAGUGUUGCUUCACAGUCCCAAGGUCAGAAGUUACUCUAAUAGGGUUUACAGUUACGUGGAAUAAAGCCAUUGCAAAGAAACUGAAAGCCUGUUGGGGCUUCUGGGCUCAGAACCAGCUGGCUGGAGCUCACCUGUCAGCUGGACUUCUGCCUUGCCCAUUGGAAGAGGCCGCCCAGCUUGCUCCUCAGGCGGGGAGGCUUGUAGGCCCAGUAGUGGGGGUGGGGAGGGGGUAGUCAGGGAAAGGUAGCAAAUCAGAAACUCAGAAGAAGGGACCAGAUUUGGGUUGAUGGGCAAACUCUAAAAAUCUAAAUCUGAUGCUUAUAGGGUUGAGAGAAAGAGAUUGCUACUGGAAAUCAGAGGGAAUUUGCUUCGAAACUAUCCAAAUGCAGCUAUGCAAAUACAGCUCCCAAAGGGACCUUAGGGAAGAGCCAGCCUUGCCUUUUUUUGUAUGAUUUUGUUUACAGACCUUACUGGGAUUUUUCAUCUAGCUAUAGAGUUGGGGGAACAAUUUCCAUUUAUUUUAUAACAGUUGAUUAUGUUUGAAAUUACCAUUACUUGUUUUUCAAAAGCACAUGGUCACAAAUGUAUAUGUAUAUCUACCUAAAGUUUGUAUCAUGGUUUCAGUGUAUUAUUCAACUGUGACGGAGAGAUGCUAACAAGAAAUCAAUCCAAAGAAAAUUUUGAAAGAAGCAUUCCUAUUUAUAGAAGAAAUAAUUGUUUCAUUUAUAUAAAAGCAAAAGAACUUGGAGUUCUACUAAAUGGGAUGUCUAAAUAAUUAUGAUGUUGCCCAUUUGAAUAUACUGUAUUUUUAUAACUUUUCUUGCCAAAGUCCUGGGCUUAGUACAUUAGAGAACUUGGGUCCCUCCCUCCUCUACCAUUCAUUUGUCUUCUAGGCACUUGGGGUCCUUUACCCAAAGAAUAAAAAAAUAUAAAGGUAUAACAAGCUUGGCAAAGUAUUUCCUCCCCCCAAAAAUGGUAUUGCUCAUAUUUUGGUAAUACAGCAACAUCGUUUUAUUUGGGAUUCUUUGAUCAGUUAUCAUUCUUGAAUCUAUAGUUGAUUAAAACUCCUAUGAGAAAGCCUAAUGACACACUUCAGAAAAGGGGCUUUGCUAGCAAAUAUGGCAGAGGAAAGUGUGACCCAUAAAAAGGGGAUCUGGACUUUGUACAGGGAAGUAGGAAUGGCCAAGGUCCUUGUAUAUCUCAACUUUGCAGGUGCCAUCCUAAAGUCUGAAACAGGGUCCCAACUCAAAGUUACUAUUCACCAGGAGGGAGAGGCGUUAGAAUGUGUUUUUUAAGUGAAUGUUUCAUGAAUACACUUACCAUCUUGCUUUGAAAGUUAGCAACCUAAUUGCAUCCAAAACUUUGAAUAAGUUCUAUGCUAAAAUUUUCAACUAUGGUAAAUCACAAAACUGAAUAAUUUUCUUCCCUGAAAUCAGAGCUUACGUGUGUGUGUUUUUCCAUAAAUUUUCCAGGUAAUGUAUUCAAGAUGCAAUACAGUAUUUUAACAUUCACAUAUCAUUUUAUAUUGAAAUGUAUUACAGUAUUAAAAUUCAGUGUUCGGUAUUUAUUUCACUAUGCAUUUUAUUUAGUAAAAGCCUAGAAAAUGUUUAAUCCAAUGGUGCCUUACUUUGUGAUUGGAAAGAAAUCAACUUUUUAUGUCUAAGCAGCAGAUUAUUUGCAUAUUUGUAACAAACGGUUAGGCCUUUAUAUUUUAACUUGUAAUACCAAUUUUGUUAUCUUAGUAACAGAUAUGGGAUGGGAUGAUUGUUAAAGUGCCCUGAAUUUUUUGGUAUGAAAUUAAUUUUCCCCUGUUUAUAGUCAGGGACUGUAAAGAAAGAAAAAACAUUUUUCAUACCACUGCACUAUGUAAACAAACACAUUUUGGUAUCUAAGUCAUGGGGAUAGUUUAAAUGGUACAGAGUCUAUCCAAGACAUCUGUGUCUUUGUAAGUUAGCCACAAAAUAAAUAAAAGCAGAAUUCUAUGAGUGUCAA